AUGUUUCUACUUCAACCCUUUUUCUUCUUUUUUCUGAUAUUUUUGAAUCAAGUCCAGUCGAAAGAUGAACCAUUAUUUGUCAAGAACAACGAAGACAUCUGUCUUGAAGACGUUGACCCGGGACCGUGUCAAUACUACCAGGUGCAAUGGUUUUGGGAUCAGAUGGCCGAGGAAUGCAAAGAAUUUCAUUAUGGUGGAUGUAUGGGGACUAAGAAUCGGUUCUCCUCGAAGCAACAAUGUGUGAAGCAGUGCAAGUAUAAGAUGUUUAAUCCGGUGGCUGUGCCAGAUCUCUGCCUCCUGGACGCCGACCAAGGUCACUGUGGAGACGAGCGUAACGGUCACUGGUGGUACUUUUUUAAUCAGGAAUCCGGGGAAUGCGAGAAGUUUUUCUAUUAUGGAUGCGGAGGGAAUGAUAACAAGUUCUAUAGUUUGCACAUGUGUCGGAAAGUUUGUGCGGAACGGUUGUCGCCACAGAUUGCCUGCGACCAAUGCGACCUUCGUACCUCCUUCUGCAAAUCUCACUCGAAAUUCAACUACACUUGUGAAUGUCGAAGUGGAUAUGAGAAGAAUCAAUAUGGAGAGUGUCUAGACAUCGACGAGUGUCGUGGCUACAAAGCGGUGUGCGAUAAAAACGCGUGGUGUGUCAACGAGAUCGGCUCUUAUAAAUGUGAAUGUAUGGCGUCUUAUCGGGGCGACGGGAAACAUUGUACCUACGUGGGACUGGGUAGAUCAUCGAUCGAUUGUAAGGAUUGCUCUAUUCAUGCCACUUGUAUGAACGGGGUGUGCCAGUGUAAGCAAGGAUACGAGGGCGAUGGAUUCAAUUGUACAGACGUGAACGAAUGCCUUCGCCGCCCGGAAAUGUGCGACAAAAACGCGGAAUGCAUCAACCGAGACGGAAGUUUCAUUUGCACUUGUCUCGCCGGUUACGCAGGCAACGGCUAUAACUGUACCGUCUCAAAAAAUUCCUGUCUGGAUAAGUUCGAUCACGACUAUAAGGACACGUGUAGCAAUGAAAAUUGGCGGCCACACUUUUAUUUCAAUCAUCAGACAAGAAUGUGCGAACAAUUCUGGUACGACGGCUGUCGUGGCCGUUCCCGUAACAUCUUCUCCGAAUACGACACGUGUACAUCAAUGUGUGAGGAGACGAAUGUGCUCACCAGAGCAGAGGUCUGCUGGGACAAGUUUGAUAUGAACUACAGGAAUCAGUGCUUGAAUGGUCAAUGGCAACAACGCUACUAUUUCGACCACGCCUCGCUGACAUGCCGUCAAUUCUGGUUCGACGGAUGCCGUUCGGAUUCCAGGAACAUCUUUGACGACCAACUGACAUGUCAAUGGCUAUGUGAAUCUCAACCAAUGUACAAGUCGAGAUCGUGCCUUGAAGAUUUCGAUGAAGGGCUCAAGAAAGAGUGCAAUGGUGGAAGAUGGCGACAACAGUACUACUUUGAUAAGGGUUCCAAGAAAUGCUUCCCAUUCUGGUACGACGGCUGUAAGGGAGAAAACGAGAACAUAUUCCAAGACGAGCUGACUUGCCUCCACACUUGUGAGAAUCCUGCCAAGAAAGAUCCAAAAAAGCCAUGGCACAAUAAUGACAAAUUCAAGAUGAAGGAGAUAAUUGGUGAUAUUUAUAAACCCAACGUAACCGACACAUGUCUUGCCAAGAACCCCUGUAAACACAAUGGAACCUGUAUUUUUGUUUGGAAAAAGGACACUCAUUACUGCAAGUGUCAACCCGGCUACCAUGGUAACAACUGUGAGAAGAUAGUUGAUUUCGACCCCUGCGCAGAGAAGCCGUGUUUAAACGGUGCCACGUGUCAGUUGAAGUAUAACGAUGACGAUGUGGAUGAGAAGCCGACGUACGAGUGUUUCUGUGCCGCCGGGUUUGGAGGACCAAAGUGUGAUGAGAGACCAUGUGAAACCAAUCCAUGCCUCAACAAUGGUACGUGCCGUACUACCAAAGGGUACAGUACCUACUUUUGCGAGUGCGCCACCGGAUUUGGCGGGAAGAAUUGUGAUGUUUCCAUCGGCAACACGCCACCCGAGGAGAAAUUCGGACGAAAUGUUGAGCAGAUUUCAAGUGGAAAAGAAGAGUGGAUCGCCCAAAUGAGACAGCGGUUGAAGGAGACUGGAGGAGGGAUCGGUGGAGCGUCGGGGACUGGAUUGAAGACUCAGGCUGGAAAUGGAACUACCGGAAGUGGAAGUGGUGGUGGAGGGUCAUCUGGAGAGAAGUCCGGGGAGAAAAAGUCGGGGAAGAAUAAGAAGAGUAAGGCGACACAGGUGGCAGAUGAGCCCUAUAAAGACCCCGCCACCCGAAAACGCGAACGCGAGGAACGUGAAAAAAAGGAGGCUGAAAUUCAAGCAGCCGAAGAAGAGGAGAAACAAAGGAAGGAAUAUGAAGAGGAGCUUCAACGUAAAAAAGCAGAAGAGAUGGAGUUAGAAGCCAAAAAAGCUCUAGAAACGGCUAAUUCUGGAAUUGGAAUCCAUCUGAUUCCCCUAACCACUAAAAUGUCGUUUUUUAUGCUCCCGAUUCAUAGAUUUAAUCAAGGUUCUGCAGUAGAAUCGAACCAACACGUUGUACAAGUGGUAGUAAAGCAGAGGAAUGAUAUUCCACAAGCUCAACACGGGCACCAAUAUAAAACUGCUAUCCGUAAGGAUGUGCUCUCCAAAGACUUGUUCCGUGCCAACGAAUUCCACUAUUUUGAGGAUGAGGGCUGA